AUGAUAGAGACAUACCUCUCAAAGUUGGAUGUCAAUUUACAGGCAUUGAAUCCUUUUUCCCUUGCUAAAAGCAGAAGUAUAGUGAAUCUUCAUAUAUCUGAAGAAACGAAAGAUAAGGAUUCUACGUUAAUAAAUGGUAAUUAUUCAAACAUAUUGCGUUUGAGUACUGGUGAACAUAUUGGGUAUCAAUUUUCUCAUGAUUAUUCUGUUAUUUCUAUUUACUCCUUGCAUGAUGCAAUUACUGGAAGAACGCUCGUUGUACACUUGCCCCACAAGACCUUUAAUGAGCAUUAUACUUUUACGAUCUACGAAGGAGAUCAAUGUAUAUCUAUGGAUUUAAUUUUGAAAACAGGGAUUUUUUUGAAUUUAAAGUUUAGUUUGGACUAUAUUUUCAGUAGAUUGAAGACGCUUGCUGAAAACUGGUAUACUUUGUUGAAUCCGUAUGAUUUUACAGUAAGACUGCCUAAAUACUUGUACAAGGUGGACAAUUCUUUAUCAGUUGUACUGCUGAAUGAUGGUGGACUGCUGGGUCUAAAGAAUACCAAGGCAAAUAACUCUGAUCUUUACGAUCUACAACCUGUUUUGUUCAACGAUAAUAGUUACUUUCAGAGUUUCACUAGGUUUUUUUCAAAACAUGAUACUGGAAGUGAAAAUGUUGUCAGUUGCAAAGUUUAUGCUAAAUAUUUUUUGAUAACAUUGACAGAAAACUGUAAAUUACGUGUUUGGGAUUUAAGAUCCAAUUCGAUGGUUUUACAACUUGAUUUAAUCUCAAAUCCUCAAGAUAAGCACAGACAAUAUGAUUCUAUGGGGCCUUAUUUGUCGAUACUUAAUAACCUGCUUACAGUGUUUCUACCUCUGGGAAAUGGUGCUUUCCAAGUUUUUCAACUAUUGGUAAAAAAUGAUAAUCUGCUUCAUAUAAUCCCACGAACAAAAAUUCCCAUCUCAACAAACUUAUCUAUAUCUUCGAUUUGGUCUUUAGUGGACAUCCAGCUGACGAAGCCCUUUGAUCUCAACUUAGAAUCAAGUUUCAUUCAGCUGGCUGUACUUUGGAAGAGCAAUACUAGCAUUAAGCUACAGAUUUUAAAUUUUCAUGAUGAGUCUCUCAAAUCUUUUGAGUGGAUAGAAACGUCUAACAAAUCUUUGCCAGAUUUGUUAGAUUAUCAAGACCUUUUAACCAAUGGAAACACAGACCAAGCGUUAUUGAACCUAAAAUCUCAUUAUACGCCUUCAUUGUUUGAAAAGGCUCAUAAUAUGCUAAGUUCUAACGGCAUCGUUCUCUUGCCUAACCAGCCAAACAAUCAGGAAUACCUUUCUAACUUAGAGUCAAUUCUCAAGGACCUUAAUAAACAUCAUGAUGAACCGUCUUCCUUAACUUUAUACAACGAUGAGGUGCUUGUCAUUAACACGUUACAUUUGUACAACCACUUCGUAUACAAAAUCAACUCUACGUUGGAAACAUAUUAUUACAAUUUAACAAACGAAAUUGAAAUGUUUAGUGAUGAUUUGUAUACCUAUAUGCAAGUGGUUAAUGGGUUUGUUUCCACAUUAUCUUCGGAUAUAGUGAUGCGCAUAGGUACACAACUUUAUGGCAUCAUGACUCAUGAAAUCGAUGAUAGCUUGUCCCUAAAGGAUAAAUUCACUGUGAUUUUUAAGUCAAGUUUAGAAUCUCAGUUCCAAUCCUCCAACCUGAAGAAAUUGUUUGAGCAAUUGACAUCUUUGGAUGUCGUUAGUAUUCUGAACAAUUUCAUAGAUAACCAUCUCAACAGCUCUGCUAGCUUUGCAUCGAUUAUUAGUUCCAUGAAGUUCGACAAUUUUUCUAGUGUUACCAUUCUAGAGAGUACACAUCAACGUGUCCUAAUUGAAAAUAAAUUCAUAGUGGAUACUUUACUUAUCUUCACUUUGUUGGAUUUCGAUUAUUCAAUGUUAGAAUCGCAGCUAAAAGUUUUAUUAAAAACCCAUUAUAAUCAAUCAUUGUGGUUACAGUUAUACAAAUUGGAUAAAUCCUUGUUGUUAUCAGAAAUAUUUGUUGCAACAAGCAAAUAUGGAUAUGGUUCAAUGGUAACGAGUUACUCAGAUCUCUCGAUGUAUACAAAUCACAUCUUAACCUACAUUGCGGAUUCAUCUGUCUCAAGGAACCCACUUUUAACAGCAUCUUAUAGCAAAUGGGUUGUCCAUCCUAAAAGUAAUAGUAUUACCAGGAAUCCAAACUUGUUCCUGGACACUGUUUUGUCGAAUUUUUACAUUCGGGAUGAUACGUUACAUCAAUUUAUGGUUGGCUUGUCGCAAUAUCAGUGCGGCCGUUAUGAGGAAGCUUAUGGUUUCUUAUCACAUUCUGCCGUUAUUGACAUUAAAUUAGACCAGCUACCUCAGUGUCUAAGUUCGCUGACCAAGCAUCCCGAACAUCCAUUGCACAACUUAAUUGUAAGCUUGGAAAUGUCUGAGAACGGCGCUGGUUAUUAUUAUCAGUUGUCAAAGUUGUUUAGUGAUGUCAGGAGCUUUGCUUAUGCCCUCAAAAGUAUUAAGAAAUCAAUUGCCUUAGGAGAUGGAAAGGAUUCAACCUCAACAUUCAAAAUUAAGCAGUUGACUCAAUUCUUAGACACUUUGAUUAUCUUUAGUGAAUUUGAAGAAGUCUUGGAUGUGCUUAAAUUGGAACAUUCUAUUUUGGACAAAGGCAUUAGAUCCGCUUACUACGGUAAGUUACUUUCUGAUCAGCAGUACAGAGAUAAGUUCAUUGCCACUUUAUUCAGGCUCUGCUCCGAGAAUACUGAUAAACUAUUUUUAACUAUGGACGAUUUUGUAAUCAUUGACCAAUUGCUGCAAACACAACUAGACACUAAUGUAUGGUGUACCUAUAAAAAGUUGUUUUGUUACAGAAUGUUAAAUCAACAUGAGAGAGAUGCUGCACAAAUACUAUAUGAUUAUUUGAUUCAUGGCACGGAUCCGGAAUUGAAACAGAGAUGUCACUGGAUAAUCGUCAACGUCCUUUCUAGCUUUGCAGAUCCUAAUGAUCAGUGGAUAAUUAACACUAACAAUCAUGGCCAGGUCUUGUACUUAUCUGAUAUACGAUCUGAAAUGAAGGCUGUUGGAACAAUGUAA